UUGGCUCACCCCGCAGCCAUGUCCGCCAUGCUGAGUUGAUGGAAGCCGAAGGUGCGACUCCCAGGCGCAUGGAUGUGGCGGCCGACUAUGGCCCGGUGAACCCAGGCGAGAUCACGCCCAACAAGAGCACUUCUCGAGGCCGGAAGACCCGCGAGGUCAAGAAGCCCGCGGAGGUGAAGACCUCCAAUGAGAACGCGGUGACCGCCCGGCUCCUGAAAACGAAGAUGUGCUACUUCUUCGAGCGGGGGAAGUGCGCAAGCAGCACCUGCCGCUAUGCGCACUCCAGCUCGGAGCUCCGGAAGCCGCCGAACCUGCAGAAGACGAAGCUGUGCAAAGCUUUCGCAGAAGGGCGCUGCACAAAAGGCGACAAUUGCGUCUUCGCGCACGGAGAGGUGCAGCUCCGAGUCACCGAUGGGAUCUACAAAACCCAGAUGUGCCACUUCUUUGAGCGAGGGAGGUGUUUGAAGGGCGAGCGCUGUAACCACGCGCACGGCCCGGAUGAUUUGAGGCAGCCGAAGCAGGCCAAACCAGACCUGGAGGCGACCCCUGGCCCAGAGGCCAAGGUGAUGGAGCCUCCGGUCGCUUGCAUGGCCUCGCUGGCGGCCGCCGCGGCCCACGCUGCACAAGCUCAAGCUGCCCUGGGCAUGUACACCCCCACGCAUGAUCUGAUGACCUGGCCGAUGCCCUGGUAUGCCUCACAAGGCCUGGCGACUCCGGAGUCCUACUACCUGGGCCCUUCCCCACAGCUUCAUCCGCUGCCUGCAAACGCUGCGGGUGAGGCCUGGGCGGAGGUGCAGCCGUGUGACCUUUCGAAGCGGCUGGCCAGCUUGGAUGUGGCGUGCCUGGAUCUGGAAAGGGACGUGCGGGGCAUCCAAGAGGCGAACGAGGGACAGCGCCGCGUCCACCGCAUUUGAGCCCUGGUUUCAAGCAGGUGUAAAGAGCGAAGUUGCGCGCGUCGAGCGGGGAUCGAGCAGUUUUCAAUCCAUGCUCGCAAGCGCGCUGGGGCGUCAGGCCCUGUGUUUCGAUCGGCACGACCAGUUGGUCACUUGCCCACGGGUCGAAACUUGAGUGUACCGGGGUCCAA